UACAUUGAUUCUUGUAGAAUAUGGGACAUACCAGUUACCGAAAUCAGAGACAAACAAAACUUGACAUUACCUGUAUGACCACACAACAACGUCAGGGUGUGUAGUAUUAUCGACGCUAUCGCUGUGCUGUGCUAAACGUGAGCACGGAGAUUAACGUGUCUCUUAUGCAGUGUUGACACGGGAUCAGCUGCACACGUGUGUUAAACAAAAUAGACUAGGCCUGCAUGCAGUCUUAACAUAUUUAAAAUCAAACUAAUCCGGUGCCCACGGAAUGUCUACAAAAAAAUCGCCAGUCGUAGAGGUGGUGGAAACACCUUUUUACGAGACAGAGAAACGUUUUGAAGCGGAUGGCAUCAAUGGCUACGACUCGGUGUUGUUUACUGUGUGCGACAUCUUCGGCAGACCCAGGGGAAAGUUCGCUGUGGGCCGGGGAAUCCAGAGAUUUGUAAAGGAAGGCAUGGAAAUGCCGCACACCACUUGUGUUUUGGGCUUCAACUCAGAACCACCAAAAACAAUCCCCAAAUACAGCCAGGGAAAGUCUACAAUAUGGCGCAUGUUCCCUGACCUGUCCACACUGAGACGGCUGAGCUGGCUUUGUAAAGAUGGAAAAAAGGUGGGCCAAGUACUGUGUGACCUUUACGACUCCAACGGUGACCCUGAGAUGUACUCACCAAGAGAAAUUGCUAAAAGACAGAUAGCAGCUCUAAAAGACAUAGGUUUCCAGAUACUGUCCGCUCAUGAAGCCGAGUACAUGAUGUUCCAUAAAGGUACCCUAAAUCCCAUGGGUGGAAAUUUUAAUGAUGUGAUCAAUAUGCUGAGACUUGAUGGAGAACUGUCUUUUCUCUAUGACAACAUGACGGGACUGCUCAACUCGGGAAUUCCAGUGGAAACCCAGAUGGAAGAAUUCCAACCAGGACAAGUAGAGUACUCCCUGCAGCCUCAGUAUGGCAUCAAGAUGGCCGACUGUGUCCACAGGUUGCGUUAUGUAGCUAAAGCGGUGGCACAGACUGGUGGAUUUGAUGCUAUAUUUAUGACCAGACCUAAAGCAGAAAACCAGAGCAAUGGAUAUCAUUUGAACCACUCACUCUGGACCUUGGAUGGGAAAAAUGCUUUCUAUGACCCAAAUGGUGACCACAAAUGUUCAGAUAUUUUGCGACACUGGGUGGCAGGACUGAUCCUUCAUGCCAACGCCCUACUUGCACUGUUUAACCCCACCCUCAACUGUUAUGAAAGACUGCAUGGAUUUUUUUCUCCCAGUGAUAAUGUAUGGAACUACGAUGACAGGAAUGCAAGGUUGAGAGUAAAGACGAAAGGCAAAAAUAUUCAUAUAGAGGAUAGAUCUCCAUCCUCAGCUAGCAACCCAUACCUAGUUAUAGCUGGUCUCAUAGCUGCAGGAAUGGAUGGUAUUGUCAACAAGUUGGAAUGUCCACCUCCUGUAGAAUUCAGACCUCUUAUGAGCGGGGAUGAAAGAGCCAAAACAAAAAAUCCACUAGCUAAGACGAUGGACGAAGCAUUGCAAGCUUUAGGAGAAAACACAGUACUGAAGAGAGCACUCGGGGAGGACUUCGUCAAUGAUUAUAUAGCACUGUGUAAGGAAUUUCAAAUAGACAAACUGAAGGAGUUUUCUGACAAGGAGCCAAGCAUCAGAUUUGAAGCAGCUAGAAAACUGUUUCUCUACAACCUUUAAAGACAGCUCAGAGUGAACUGGGCUUUUGAAAGUAGUGUGCAUAAUGUUAUUUUUUAUAUUAAGUUUUGUUUUUUUGACAAAUAUACUAUAGGCCGACAUGUAACAUUUGCUAAUAAACCCACUUUACAAAUAAACAGAAA